GUACAGAACCGCCAUCGUUGUUUUUCAUUAUCUGAGAAAUUAUGCCUACCGUUGCCGUGGACAAAGCUGAGCUCUGGGAGAGACUAGGGCAGGAAUUCUCUACGGAGGAUUUCGAUGCGUUAUGCUUUGAAUACGGUUUAGAACUUGACGAGGAUACCACUGAAGAGGUUGAGGAAGCCAUCAAGAAGGGUUUACCUGCUGAACGUCCCCAACUAAAAAUCGAGAUACCGGCCAACAGAUACGAUCUUCUCUGUAUCGAAGGCAUCUCGAGAGCACUCAAAGUUUUUUUGGGAAAGGCCAAAGCGCCCCAGUAUAAACUCGUCUAUCCUGCUGGUGGAGAUUCUGGUCUUCUGACAGUGACUAUACAUCCAGAGACCCAAAAAAUUCGACCCUACUUCGCCUGUGCUAUUUUGCGCAACAUCAAGUUCACCCCACGAUCAUAUGCUUCAUUCAUCGAUAUGCAGGACAAGUUACACCAGAACAUCUGUAGAAGACGACAACUGGUCGCCAUCGGCACACACGAUCUGGACACACUCCAAGGGCCUUUCAGAUAUGAGGCACGUCCACCCCAAAACAUCAGGUUUGCACCCCUCAAUAAGGACACGGAAUAUACCGCUGAGGAGCUCAUGACGGUGUACGAGUCGGAUAAACACCUCUCGAAAUAUCUUCACAUCAUUCGCGAUUCUCCGGUUUACCCUAUCAUAUACGACGCUCAAGAUCGUGUUCUGUCGAUGCCCCCGAUAAUCAACUCCGACCACAGUAAAAUCACUUUGGAUACGAGAAAUAUUUUUAUCGACGUUACUGCUACGGAUAAAACCAAGCUGGAUAUCGUCGUGAACAUUGUCGCUACAAUGUUCUCAGAAUAUUGUGCCGAACCUUACACAGUCGAGCCCGUUAAAAUUAUUACAUCGACAGGGGAGACUACCAUUUCACCCAACCUCACACCCCGUGAAACAAUUGCACACUCCUCGUAUAUUAAUUCAUGUACAGGACUGGGCCUCACCACGGACCAGGUCGUUCCACUAUUACAAAAAAUGUCAUUGGAAGCGACCGUGGCUGCUGAAGACCCGACGAAAGACACGAUCAAUGUGCGAAUCCCUGCAACGAGACCGGACAUCUUACACGAGUGCGACAUCAUGGAAGAUGCAGCAAUUGCUUACGGCUUUAAUAACCUACCCCACACCUUCCCCAGCACCACUACAGUUGGCCAGCCCUCGGCUAUCAGCAAGCUAAGCGACAUCAUUCGAAUCGAGUGGGCCUUGGCUGGGUGGGUCGAGGUGCUACCUCUCACACUGUGCUCGCUCGAAGAAAAUUUCUCGUAUCUCAAUCAUACUGAUCCCAAGUACACUUCCACGGCAGUACGCAUUGCUAACCCCAAAACUCUUGAAUUCCAAGUCGUGCGCACGACUUUGAUCCCGGGAUUACUCAAGACGGUCCGUGAGAACCGUUCUCACGCACUGCCGAUCAGGAUUUUCGAGACCGGUGAUGUGGUAGUCAAGGAUCUCUCCCGAGAGAGGCAGACACGAAACAUCCGACACGCGGGUGCGGUGUGGUGCAACAAGAGUGCCGGGUUCGAAGUCGUGCAUGGAGUGCUGGAUCGUGCCAUGAAAAUGCUGGAAGUACCGAGGAUUGGGACUGAGGAGUAUGAGAAAGAGACCGGGUAUUACUUGAAGGAGACAGAGGGUGAGUGUAGUGAUGAAUUGAUCUCGUGUAUAACGAUAAUGAACGGCGGCGAUGGUCUAGAUCCUGCGUACUUCCCUGGACGUGCGGCGACGAUAUACUACCGACCGCCGCCGGUGAAGCAUGGCGUGCUGACAGAUUUGAAGCACAGAGUAGAAGCGGCGCUGCAUGCGAAGAGGGACAUGGAACUAGGAACGUUGGGAGUGCUGCACCCGAGCGUACUCGAAAAAUUCGACAUUGGUUACCCCUGCUCUGCAGUGGAGUUCACCCUUGAGCCGUUUAAGAAGGAGAUGCAGGGAAUUUGGACUAACGAUGCAUGAUGGGGAAACAAAUGGCGAUAAUAUAACAGAAAUAAAUAUAGAAGAUGUGCGAAGAAGUGUCGUUGUCAUGUGUACUCCUCGCCGCUGGA